CAGCAAUUUGUCUGUCGCGUCCAAUUCGCCGAGACUCGUCGGAGCUCAUCGCCUGCAAUGGGUUUGGUUGCCGAAGAGAUGAUGGUGGUGUUGAUUUGAGGCGGUGUUCGGGGAGCAAUUCGGGCUGGGAUCGCUCAGUUUUAAAAGGUUUAAUUGUUGGUUGUUUUGCAACUAGAGUUCGACUCUUCCCCGGCUUUGUCACGACGUCUGCCGUGAGCUUGUAGCGGUGCCCCAAGUUGGAAUUGGGACUGUUUUUUUUGUUUUCUUUCUGUUGUGGUGGUAGGAACGAGUUUGGUGAGGUUGAGUUGGGAGGAGAGAGGAUGGCGGCAGCAGGAGUGGAUAACACGAGUCGUAGGAAGUGGGACAAGGAGGAGUUUGCGAAGCGAGCGAGAGAGAGAGAGGAGGAAGAAGAGGAGGAAGAGGCGGGGCGGCACAGAGGGAAGCCCCGAGGUCCCCCUGUGCAGAGGAAGCCACUAAAAAACCGCGACUAUGAGGUUGAUCUGACGUCGCGGCUUGGGAAGACGCAGGUGGUGACACCGGUUGCACCGUUAAGUCAGCAGGCGGGAUACUUUUGUAGUGUGUGUGAGUGUGUAGUGAAAGACUCUGCGAAUUAUUUAGAUCACAUCAAUGGGAAGAAGCAUCAGCGCGCGUUGGGCAUGUCCAUGCGCGUAGAGCGGGCGUCGCUACAGCAAGUUCAGGAACGGUUCGAGUCUUUGAAACGGAAGAAAACUGUUGGGGGCUUUACGGAGGAAGAUUUUGAUAACAGAAUACAAAAACAGAGAGAAGAGGAGGAGGAGCUGAAGAAGAGUAAGAGAGAGAAGAAAAAGGAGAAGAAAAGGGGAAAAGAAGAAAGGGAUGAGUCCACAGAUGUUGUCGAUCCAGAUAUGGCAGCCAUGAUGGGAUUUGGGGGAUUCAGCUCUUCGAAGAAAUAAUCUGGGGCAGAAUCAGUAAUUAAGAAUCAGGUUUACAGACUUUCAUCAUUUUCAUUAGGAAACCAAAGUCUGCUUGCCACCAGCAUUACCUCGUAAGCUUUACACACGUCCAAAUUGCUGAAGACCUUUACUAACACUGACGAAGGCCUCAGGCUUGUAUCGCCUGGGCACAAGAGGGGAAUGGUUUUGCCUGAUCUAAAUCUGUGAACGGGCAACUUGACCACAUAUUUCUUUGACCAAUGUUAUCAUGUGUUUCACAUCGUUGUGAAGGCUCAUAUGGGUGGUAGGAUUACCCCUGCGAGGUGUAGGUGUACAUUUCUAAGAAAAUAGAAAAAAGUCACGGCGAGAUGCUGCUCACACUGUAGGAUUGUUCAAAUCAUCGAUCGACUUCUUCUUGGUUCUCUGCAGAUGGAGUGCAGUGCUCCUUCCAGUCUGUUUACCAGUAGACUUUGGUUAGUUUUUUAUUCCAGAAGGAGUCGCAGUGACUCUAAUCUCAUUUAAGUUUCACAAGUUUGCGGCUAGAAACCUUAACUGGGGGGAGGGGGUAGGUUCUAGGCUUUGGUUACGUGGCUGUACCCUAGUUUGGAUGACAAUGUUUUGACACUGCUGCAGACAUCUGCAAAUCAUGAAGUUUGGUGCCGAAGGUUCCUCUUGCAUGCUUGAUCUGAAGUUGAUAAAGCUGGCAUAAAAUGUAGUCAUUCAGAUCCUUUCAAUGGCCACCACAUCGGUAGUUAUCAUUUUAUUCGUUGUACUUUUGUGGUUUGGUCAUGUUGCGAGCAAUUAUGUGAAUUUUAUGGACUAAAUGAAAAGUUUAAUUUGUAUUUG